AUGGCUCGUAUGAAUAUUAAUGAGCGCAAUUUUUCUAGCCGGUUGGUCAUUAAAACAUCAAAUGUGUCUCACUACCGCGUUAGUGUUGGAAACGUAACAAAUAACUCAAAUUUAUCCGAGUGGCCAAAUGAGCGUCUUUGUAACGAGACUCAAGGAGACGACCCACCUUUUCCAUCAAGUGGUACCCAUGCCGUCUUGGGAGUCUUCUGUAAGAAGCCCGUUGUGGGAAACACAAUCCGCAUUCAACUGCUGAGUACUCAUACACAGCUUGUUUUAUGUGACGUGUAUGCCAGUCAAGCGUGCCGUGAUGGAACCUUUGGUAAAGACUGUAAACAAAAUUGUUUCCACUGCGCUGACAAUACAGCAUGUGACAAGAUCCAUGGCUCGUGUACACGUGGUUGUAAACCUGGCUAUACGGGUCCUAAAUGCGAUCUGGAAUGA